AUGUCUGCUGGAGACGGUCGGUACCGCAUCGUCCAUCACGGACUGCAUUAUAACAAGUACCCUCACACCUCGAACUCUGGCUUGCCGCCGUCCCCUACGAUCGAAAACCCAGGACAGGUUUACCCUCCCACCGAUCCUAGCAAAGCAUCCCCGACUCCCCCGCUUCUUCACCAUGCCAACUCGUCGGGUCAAUUCAUCGGCAAUCCGUUUCUCAUGAGUGAAGCGUUCGGAAAGCUAGAUCACGCCCUUGGGAAUAUCAUCGCCAUCCUAGAGCUGGAAGAAACCUCGGGAAGUAACAAUCGGCUGUUAAGGAGGUUUUUGGAUUGGAGGGAUGAACUAGGAGCAAUUCGGACGGGAAAGAAGAUACGGACUCCUAUGCAUGUCUCUCCCGAGCGUGAAUCGGAGGGCGGCUUGUUUGUGGAUUGAUGUAUCUCCGUACGCCAAUGUCCCGGGCUAGAGAUGAAAGAAUGUAAAUGGGCAUACUCAUAGAAGGCCGGCCGUAUGCCAAUGCUAUAAGCACUCAUACGUCUCCUUUCGUCCGCUGCGUACCAAUGCCUACACUUGGCAGCUGCGCCAAAACUACGAUGUUGUCGGGUGCACAUAAGUAGUAGUCGUCGCACUGGCAAGCGGUUCAUAAGAGGGCUUCAAAUCUUCUACCAACACGCAAUCCAAUUUCAAGGAGAAC